AUGAAAGCACUUGGGUCUGGUGGAAAAUUAUUAAUUGGUCUCGGAGAUUCGUUUACGUCUGGUGGGGGCUCACAAUCCUAUCCACAUGUUGCUGCUGGUCUGCUGAAUUGGCAAGUACGCAAUUAUGCCGUUGGUGGGUCCACAACAAACAAUAUAUUGACACAGUUGAUAUAUGCUGCCCAUACUGCCAUAUUGCCCGCUACAACUCAUGUUGUUAUAACAAUCGGUGGCAAUGAUCUCCAUGGACUUUCAAGUUUAGUAAACAUCGCCAAACUCAAUAUCACAUUAUUUGAACAGCAAGCUGCCAGUUUUAAGCCUACACUCGUUUCCACUUACCAACGGAUCAAAGGUGCCGUUCGUCCUGAAACUAAAAUCUACGCUUUACCAUAUGUUGAUUUUGUCAGUGUUGGUAAUAAAAUUCCGUACGAAGCUGAAUCCCAUCGAGUAUUGAAAGCGUUAAACAAUUGUGUUAGGAAUGCUGCAGCAGACGCUAACAUUGGCUAUAUUGAUUCUGUAAUAUCGUCAUUUCUUGGUCACGAAAUGUAUUCAGUCGAUCCAUACAUCGAUAACUUCAACCAUCCAACAAAUGCACUUCAUCCAAACUUGAAAGGCUAUGCUAAAAUUGGCGAGGUUGUUGCUGCUUACUUACAAGCAAACUGA